AUGAACUGCUUCUUCUUGGUCCUUCUCAUUGUUCUCGCCACGUCUUCUGAAUCUGAAGCCUCCUUCCCAUCAGAAGUUCAGAAUUCUCUCUUCAAGCCAUCUUCAUUUGUGUUCCGUGCAAAAUGCAAGAUGAUGUGCUCUCAGAUGUGCUCUCCUGUUUUGGGAGUCUGUGAUCGUUAUAACAAGUGUGUCUGCCUCAACAACUACCGUAUCCUGUGA